GCAGCGGCGGCCAGGCCCAGGCUGUCCAUAUAAGGCCGCGGGCGUCCUGUAACGUUUCAGGCGCUUCAGGGCGCCCCGCGGACUACAGCCUCCUCCGCGCCGAGGAAUGUGUGGAAUCUUCCUUCCUGGCUGCCGCCCACCGCAGGGAGGACUUCCCCUCCGCACUCAGGCCCCCCGAUCAGCCCCCCAGCCAGCCCCGGGGGCCGCCCGCCGCUGCCCGGCCGCUGGGGGGAGCGCGGCGCCUCGGCGGAGCCGGCGGGGAGACCGGGAGGCGGCCGCGCGCCCUCACCUGCCCGGGGCGGCGAGCGCGGGCGGAGAGGAGGCGGCCGGGCGGAGGCCGCGGAGGAGGCCGGGGAGGAGCCUGAGGCCGGCCGGCGGCGUGGACACAAAGUGAAACUCCUGGAAGUUGCGGGAGCUCGGGGAUCGCGGAGAGCCGCGCCGGGCGGAGCGCCCAUGGCUCUGAGCAAAGGGCUGCGGCUGCUCGGGCGGCUGGAGGCCUCGGGAGAGAGCAGCGUCCUGCUGGAGGCGCGCGGCCGCGGGGACUGCCUGCUCUUCGAGGCCGGCACGGUGGCCACGCUCGCUCCGGAAGAGAAGGAGGUCAUUAAGGGCCAGUAUGGAAAGCUCACCGACGCGUAUGGCUGCCUGGGGGAGCUCAGGUUCAAGGCUGGUGGCACCUCCCUGAGCUUCCUGGUUUUGGUGACAGGCUGCACGUCUGUGGGCAGAAUUCCGGAGGCCGAAAUCUACAAAAUCACUGCCACCGACUUUUACCCUCUUCAGGAAGAGGCCAAGGAGGAGGACCGCCUCACAGCCUUGAGGAAGAUCCUCAACUCAGGGGUCUUCUACUUUGCGUGGCCCAAUGAUGGGUCUCACUUCGACCUCACCGUCCGGGCGCAGAAGCAGGGUGAUGACAGAUCCGAGUGGGGGAACUCUUUCUUCUGGAACCAGCUGUUGCACGUGCCCCUGAGGCAGCACCAGGUGAGCUGCUGUGACUGGCUGCUGAAGGUCAUCUGCGGGGUGGUGGCCAUCCGCACGGUGUACGCCUCUCACAAGCAGGCCAAGGCCUGCCUCAUCUCCCGCAUUAGCUGCGAGCGCGCCGGCGCUCGCUUCCACACCCGCGGCGUGAAUGACGACGGCCACGUGUCCAACUUCGUGGAGACAGAGCAGACGAUUUACAUGGAUGAUGGAGUGUCGUCUUUUGUCCAGAUCAGAGGCUCCGUUCCGCUGUUUUGGGAGCAGCCAGGGCUUCAGGUUGGCUCCCAUCAUCUGAGACUCAACAGAGGCCUGGAAGCCAACGCACCUGCUUUCGACAGGCAUAUGGUGCUUCUGAAGGAGCAGUAUGGAAAGCAAGUGGUUGUGAACCUGCUGGGGAGCAGAGGCGGAGAGGAGGUGCUCAACAGAGCCUUCAAGAAGCUGCUCUGGGCUUCCUGCCACGCCGGCGACACUCCUAUGAUAAACUUUGACUUCCAUCAGUUUGCCAAAGGUGGGAAGCUAGAGAAAUUGGAGAACCUGCUGAGGCCCCAGCUGAAGCUGCACUGGGAUGACUUCGACGUGUUCACCAAGGGCGAGAAUGUAAGUCCACGUUUGCAGAAAGGCACUUUGCGGAUGAACUGUCUGGACUGCCUGGACCGAACCAACGCGGUGCAGAGCUUCAUCGCCCUCGAGGUCCUCCGUCUGCAGCUCGAGAGCCUCGGACUGAAUUCCAAGCCCAUUGCCGACCGCUUCGUGGAGUCCUUCAAGGCAAUGUGGUCUCUGAAUGGGCACAGUCUGAGCAAGAUGUUCACAGGCAGCCGGGCCCUGGAAGGCAAGGCCAAGGUGGGGAAGCUGAAGGAUGGGGCCCGGUCCGUGUCUCGCACUAUCCAGUCCAACUUCUUCGACGGGGCGAAGCAGGAGGCCAUCAGGCUGCUGCUGGUCGGGGACGUCUACACCGAGGAGUCUGCAGACAGGGGAAGGGUGCUGCUGGACAACCCGGCCCUGCUGGUGACUCCCAGGGUCCUGAGAGCCAUGUCAGAGCGCCAGGCGGAGUUCACGCACUUCAAGCCGGUGCGCGUUGCCGUGGGCACCUGGAACGUGAACGGAGGGAAGCAGUUCAGGAGCAACCUGCUGGGGACGGCAGAGCUGGCCGACUGGCUGCUGGACGCGCCCACACUUUCCGGAGUCACCGAAUGCCAGGAUGAAAGCAGCCCAGCUGACAUAUUUGCCGUGGGGUUUGAAGAGAUGGUGGAGCUGAGUGCAGGCAAUAUCGUCAAUGCCAGUACCACCAACAGGAAGAUGUGGGGUGAGCAGCUUCAGAAAGCCAUCUCACGCUCUCAUAGGUACAUUCUCUUGACUUCGGCACAGCUGGUGGGCGUCUGCCUUUAUAUCUUUGUGCGUCCGUACCAUGUCCCGUUCAUCAGGGAUGUGGCGACUGACACGGUGAAGACGGGCAUGGGCGGAAAGGCCGGGAACAAGGGCGCCGUGGCCAUCCGCUUCCAGUUCCACAGCACCAGCUUCUGCUUCAUCUGCAGCCACCUGACUGCCGGGCAGUCCCAGGUGAAGGAGAGGAACGAGGACUACAGGGAGAUCACCCAGAAGCUGAGCUUCCCGACGGGAAGAAACGUUUUUUCUCACGAUUAUGUGUUUUGGUGUGGCGACUUCAACUACCGCAUUGAUCUCACUUACGAAGAAGUCUUCUAUUUUGUGAAACGCCAAGACUGGAAGAAGCUUCUGGAAUUUGAUCAGCUACAGCUGCAGAAAUCGAGUGGAAAAAUUUUUAAAGACUUUCACGAAGGCAUCAUUGACUUUGGACCCACCUACAAGUACGAUGUGGGCUCUGCCGCCUACGACACGAGUGACAAAUGCCGCACCCCUGCCUGGACCGACAGAGUCCUGUGGUGGAGGAAGAGGCAUCCUUUUGACAGAACAGCUGGAGAACUCAAUCUUCUAGACAACAAUCUGGAGGCUGGCACCAGACUCAGACACACCUGGUCUCCUGGUGCCCUCAAGUAUUACGGCCGAGCAGAGCUACAAGCAUCUGACCACAGACCCGUGCUGGCGAUCGUGGAGGUGGAAGUGCAAGAAGUUGACGUGGGUGCUCGGGACAGGGUGUUCCAGGAAGUGUCCUCUUUCCAGGGCCCCCUGGAUGCCACUGUCGUAGUCAACCUUCAGUCGCCAACCUUAGAAGAGAGAAACGAGUUUCCCGAGGACGUGCGCACAGAGCUCAUGCAGACCUUGGGGAAUUACGGGACGAUUGUUCUGGUCAGGAUCAACCAAGGGCAGAUGCUGGUGACUUUUGCAGACAGUCACUCGGCUCUCAGCGUCCUGGAUGUGGAUGGAAUGAAGGUGAAAGGCAGAGUUGUGAAGAUCAGACCGAAGACCAAGGACUGGCUGAAAGGUUUGCAGGAGGAGAUCAUUCGAAAGCGAGACAGCAUGGUCUCCAUGUCCCCCACCGCCAACUCCUGUCUGCUGGAGGAAAACUUCGACUUCACGAGUUUGGACUAUGAGUCCGAAGGGGAUAUUGUCGAAGAUGAUGAGGACUAUUUGGUGGAUGAGCUAAUAAGCCAGCCUAUGGUCUCAGACGGUGAACUGGGGGGAGAUGAGCUCUCCGAUGCCCCCAGCUCCACUGCAGUGGCCCCUCCCAGCAGGUUACCUGCACUCACCAAAAAGCAGCAGCGUCCAACCUACAAAGAUGAUGCUGACCUUGUGGAGUUAAAGCAGGAGCUGGAAGCAGUUGGGGACUUCCGCCACCGCUCUCCGAGUAGGUCUCUGUCGGUUCCCAAUAGGCCUCGGCCGCCUCACCCACCGCAGAGACCCCCCCCUCCAACUGGUUUAAUGGUGAAAAAGUCUGCUUCGGAUGCGUCCAUCUCCUCCGGCACUCACGGGCAGUAUUCGAUUUUGCAGGCGGCAAAACUCCUGCCAGGAGCACCUCAGCAAGCACCCAAAGCUAGGACUGGAAUAAGUAAACCUUAUAACGUUAAGCAGAUCAAAACCACCAACGCUCAGGAGGCGGAAGCAGCGAUCCGAUGUCUCCUGGAAGCCAGGGGAGGCGUCCCAGGAGAGGCCCUAAAUGCCAUGGCCCUGAGGGACCAGGGUUCUGCCAAACCAGAGCCUGCAGUGGGGGUGGCCCCACUCCUGCCCCGUCGGCCUGCACCCAGAGUUCCUGCCAUCAAGAAGCCAACCUUGAGGAGGACAGGAAAGCCCGUGUCACCGGAAGAACAGUUUGGACAACAGGCUGUCCAUUUUACAAUUGGGCCCCCGGAGACCAGCCUUGACACCCCUCCUCUAGCGACAGUCCCUCCUGUUCCCAAACCGAGAACACUGCAGCCCGGGAAAGGCGCCGCCAGGAAGCCAGCGCCCGGCGAGGCCCCUCCCGCGGCCGCGCCGCCCCCCCUGGAGGCCCCGCCUCUUGUGCCCCGGGUGCCCCCGCGGAGGAAGAAGUCGGCCCCAGCGGCCUUCCACCUGCAGGUGCUGCAGAGCAACUGCCAGCUUCUCCAGGGCCUCGCCUGCAGCAGCCCCGGCAGCGACUGUCCCCCCGCACCCCAGCCUGCGGGGGGCACUCUCUCCCCACCGCCGGCUUUUCCCAGCACCUCAGCACCUGCCAGCCCGGAGGCUGAUGGCACCAAGGACACCAAGUCGGAGGCAGCCUCUCUUCCCUGUGACUACCAGGAUCCCUUCUGGAGCCUCCUCCACCACCCCAGCCUGUUGAAUAAUUCGUGGCUCUCCAAGAGCUCUGACCCCCUGGACUCGGGGACAAGGGCUCACACAGCCCCACUGCACGUCAGCCCCUCAGCUGCCCGGGAGCCGCCACCGGAGCACACACAAAAAGACUUAGGUGACUGGGUGACAAUCAGCGACGAGGACAAGAGGACGGUGCUGCAAGUGUUUGACCCUCUGGCGAAAACAUGACUGGGAGACUUGGACAGCCGCUGUCCUGCAGGAGGUGUGCCGUCUUCCGUGAGCAUCACUUUCCGGGGGGAAGCCCACCCGCCUCAGCCCCCGAGUCCAAAGCGACAUCUAUUUAAAGGCACACUGAAAAAAACAUUGGUACUUCUGUCACUCUUGCGUAGUUUACAAAAACUGUGUCUCUUAUUCAGUAAUAUUAUUAUUCAGCCACCGAGAUACAUCUUAUUCCAGACUUGUGCAUAUUAAGUGUCCUCUUGGGGGGAUGGGAAACCUGGGUUGGAUUCAGUGCAUAGAUUUUAGGAAAGAGAAUCCAGCAGACGACGCCCAAGACGUUCCCUCCUGUUACAUUUUAAAUGGUUGUUCAAUUUAUGUGUGUAUGUGCUGUAUUUUUUUUAAUAUUCUUUGUAUUUUACAGAUUUGGAAUAAUUUUUUGGCGACUCACUUGAAGGUUGAUGCAUAUAGUGAGCCAUUACACUAAAAGGUGGUUGGGACCAUUAAGAGCUGUACCUGGCCAGCUGACACCAGGUGAAAAAAAUAUCAGAGUAGGAGGCAGCAAAUACCCAAAGAUAAGACUGCACAUUCCCGUGAGCCCUUGUUUAUUUACGUACAUGGAUGUUAACCUUGACUCUGUAAAUCUUGUGGGAGAUGGUGUCAUUCCCUGCUUUGGUUCUAAAGCACAUACUCUUAGCUUAUUAACCUGAGCUUCAACUGGCUAAAGCCUCCUGAAGCACGUCUUAGACUUCGCAUGUCCCCUUAAAUGGCUACAGUCCUGAGCUCUGGUGUGCUGCUUAAGCCAAUUUUUGCACACUAUUCCCUGUUAAAACCUUGUGGAUUUCUUUUUUCCCGUAUAUGCUAUACCCAGUAAAAGCACAAAAUGUGAAAACUCAUACUUGCACAUAAUACUGAUCCUCACUGUUAGAAUUCAGAGAAUAUGUGUUUGCGUCUGGUCCACCUGGCUGUGGCUUCAGAAAGGAAAGUACCGCCUGUCCCUGUGUGUAAGAAACCCCAGGAUGUUCUAAGUUAGCUCACCUACCUUUUAUUAGGAUUUUUUCCCUGUAUGUUUCUAACACCAUUUCUAGUCUAUUCAGUCUUUUAAAAAGACAGCACCCUACUAUUUUACAUUUUUUAAAGGAUGUUAUAAGGCCGGAUGUUAUAAGAACCCAUUUGGAGCAGAUAUCAUAAUUUCCUGAUAAGAAAUUCACUGGUAAAAUCUUACUCCGCCAUAUUUAGGAGUCUUCCAUGUCAUAGAAUCAUAUAGCAGUGGUUCCGUGUUGUCCCUGAUGUGACCAGGGAGUUCCUGUACUCAACGCUAAUAAUGGUUAGGAUGGCAGUAAUCACCUUGCCUGGGGAAAUACCACUCCCCUUUUACCAGUCAGACCUCUGGGAUUUCAGACUUAGCCUCUCAUUGCCACUAUCAAGAUCCACUGCAGAUUAGUCACAUCUGGUACUCAAAACAAAACCAAAACUGUAUUUAUCUCAUUUCAUCCGAAAACUAAUAAAAGAAAAAGGUAUUAGUGACCUGUAGAGAUAAGCAGAUAAUGCUAGUAGUUAACCAGCCAUAAAAGACAGUGUUUCUGUCCAAGGCUGGCUAGGACACCUUCUAUAGCUUGUAUCAUUACACUUAACAUCAUUACAUACUUACAUCAUUUCUACCUCUCUAAGAAAUGCAGGAAGUAAACCUCUCCCCCUGUCAGGGGGAGAAAGAGAAGCAAGAUGGGUCAACAGGCUUGGGAGGAAGGUGUAUCAUUUGCCAGGAUUCACUUUAGUGCUAAAAGGUACCGUUGGGAAUGGAAUCAAAGAUCUCUUCAUUCAAAUGUUUUUUUCUCUAUAACAUCUUUUCCCACCAAAGAGGAUGUGAAGUUGAAGGCAUGCAUAUGUAAUAACCAGUCAGAAAAGCAGAGGGAAAGUAAGCCCAUGGAAGUUGCUCCCAGUGCUGGGAAAGUCCUGAUUUUCAGAUUUCUUCUCUGUUCUAGAUGGCAAAUAGCCAGUACACGGUACAGAGAAAAGAAUUUCUUCUAAGAUAAAAGGUGUUCAUCACACCAGUAGUUCUGAAUAAUCUCACAGUAAGUAUUAACACACAGAAUUGUGCUGAGGCAGGUCACAGGAAAAAUUACAAGUAGUUCUAACCUUAAGAAGUGAAUAUCACUUGAUCAUGGCUGUUCACGGUUAGUGGACAACACAGACUGGAUUUUGAGUUGAUAAUGCAUAAGAUUCUUGCACUAAUGUUCUCUUUAAAAAAGAAAAAGUAAAGAAAAAGAAAAAGGACAAUUGGAAUUGCCUUAUUUUUUUCAAUGCUUAACAGUUGGUGGGUUUCCUAGGUUAGCAGUAAAGUCGGUUCAAUAAUCUCAACAAUGAGCAGCUACCCUCCUGGGGAUUUCAGUCUGUGGUUUUUAUUUUUGGUCUUUCUUUGAUGCUCCCACACCGGCCUUUUUUAUUGGGACCUUGCAAUUUAUUUCAUUACUGUUUGUAAAGUGUUACAGUUCACUGCAGAGUAUUUUAAGGACAAACUUGACAAUUCAGCAUUGUCUCCCUGACCCCUUUUAGAUUCCCUUUUUACAACAUAAUCUUAGACUUCUUGCCUAUUUUAAAAAUUUGUUCCAAUAAAUGACUGAAACUAGGACAUCUGCGCAAGCAAUUCCUUUAAAGUUGUUGAAGUUCGAGACUUAAUAAAAUUCUCCUGACCUGUGUAUAAAUAUAAACAAAGAAAUGUAUUAAAACAUUAGCUUUAUAAUGAAGUAAUUCUAUUAGAAAGGAAAACUGCAGAAAUUACUUAUUGGGUGACUAGCAAUUAAUAAAAACCCUAUAAUGUUUAUUUGAAGUGAUAAUUUAUAUGGAAAUUGUAAAAA